AUGAGUCAACGAGAUACUUUGGUUCAUCUCUUUGCAGGAGGAUGCGGGGGCACGGUCGGAGCCAUUUUGACGUGUCCUCUGGAGGUGGUGAAGACGCGGCUGCAGUCUUCCUCCAUCACACUCUAUGUGUCUGAGAUGCAGCUCUCCACGGUCAAUGGAGCCAGUGUGGCCCGAGUGUCGCCCCCCGGACCCCUGCAUUGCCUCAAGAUGAUUAUGGAGAAGGAAGGUCCUCGCUCUCUUUUCCGAGGGCUGGGACCAAACUUGGUGGGGGUGGCUCCUUCACGGUAA